AUGGCGCUAAAAAAUUUUACUGAAGACGAUAGCAAAACACUCGAAGAACUAUUCUGUACGGCGGAAUUUCUCAGAGGUGUAGAUGGCGAACUUAUCUUUUUAUCAGCGCUAAAUAUUUUUCUUUCCAUCACUGCAUUUCUGGGGAACACUCUGAUCCUAGUUGCCCUACACAAGGAAACAUCACUUCAUACGUCGUCCAAACUGUUGUAUCGUAAUCUAGCGAUAGCUGAUCUCUGUGUUGGUAUCACUGCGGAGCCUUUGGCUGUGGCUUACUGGAUUUCUGUUGUCAACAAAAGAUGGAAUAUUUGCCAUUACACAAUUUUGGCAAUGGGUUUCUUCGCUUCUACUUUGUGUGGAGUGUCUUUAUUAACUUCGACUGCAAUAAGUGUGGACAGACUUCUCGCCUUGUUGCUGGGGCUCAGAUACAGACAAGUUGUAACUUUGAGAAGAACAUGUAUAAUCGCUUUUGGUUUCUGGUUUUUGUCCAUCGUUGUUUCAUCUACUUUGACACUUUGGAAUAUUCUUAUACUUCUUUCGUAUAAUUACAUAGGUAUAGCUUUGUGUUUAGUCACCACAACCUUCGCUUACACAAAAAUUUUCUGUACUCUGCGUCAUAACCAAAUACAUGUUCAGAACCAUUUUGCUCCUCGACAACCUAACCAAGAAAUUCCACUGAACAUAACUCGAUACAGAAAGGCAGUGUACAGUGCACUGUGGGUGCAGGGAACAUUGGUUGUUUGUUAUCUGCCGCUUAACAUCGUGAACACGUACGCUUUGACAACUCAAAGGGGCUUUUCCUUAUCUGUUUACCUUGCAUGGCAUUUUAUGUCUACACUAGUGUUCUUAAACUCGUCAUUAAACCCUUUGCUGUACUGUUGGAAGAUUAGAGAAGUGAGGCAAGCGGUUAAAGAAACAUUAAGGCAAAUAUUCUGUUGUUCGAGUCAGUAGUGUAGUAUGCUUUUCAGCGCUGUAUAAUGUUAAUUAAAAAUUCAUACGAAAAUUGCCGUUUAACUAACUACACUUGGGGAAGUAUUUUGAAAGCUAUUGUCAAAGUUUCUUUUGGGUCGAGGUAAGUCUUGAUUUUGUCCACAUAUGUGUAUUUCUUGUCUGACUUUUGCAUUUACUUGUACUUGAAUUUUUGCUUAGCUCGCGGAUUUGCUUAAUGCCAUUUUAGCAAUAUUCUUCGCUUGCCAUUGUCAGAUGUUUGUUUUUCAUAGGUGGUCGUGAAAAAUAAGGGCUACAAUUAUUCCCUAAUUAUUUCAUCGGAAGUUUCGUCUUUACAAGGAAAAUCCUCUCAUUAUUCAAGGAUAUUGUCUCCAAGUUUUAUUUUCACGUUACCAGCAGUGACUAACAAUACAUUUGAAAUAUGCAAAAAUGCUAGCUAUUGUUGCUCACGAAAAUAUGAAACUUGGAGACAAUACCCUGAAUAAUAAGAGGCUUUCGCUUGUAAACACAAAAUUUCUGACAAAAUAUUAGCGAAUUGUAGCCCUUAUUUUACUGCCUUACAAUAUAUCAAUAACCUUGAAACUAAAAGGUCAUAUAAGAGGAAGGUUAAUCUCAAGUCUCUUAAAUUUUUAAAAAAUCUAUCGAGUGGUUCAAAACUUAUUGGCUUAUUUGCUAAAGCAGACCGAAAUGUUUGCAAAACCGCAAAUCCUUCUUUCUAGCAAUCGGCUGGCUAUCGGCUAUCUCCAUAAGUCUCACACACGUUUUUAAAAAGAUUGAAACUACUAUGAGGUGAAAUUGCAUGUCAAGACGCUUCGUUUUCUAAAGAAAACAGCUGAACAUCAAGAUUGUCCAUUUUUGACCGUUUUCUUUUUUUAACCAUAAAAACUUCAUCCCGACAUAUCUCGAUAACGCUCUUACAGAUGCCGCUAAUAAACUUCACGAACAUCGAGGCAGCUAUUUUUGGGAAAACGUUUUUGUGAACGAUUUUGGAAGAACAGUUCCCAGUGCCGAGAAAUACUGCUGCAAGUGAAAUAGGUAAUGGCGUCAUUUCGUUGCUAUGAGAACUCCGAUGUCAUUGCAACCCUGAUCAUAACAAUUUUCAUCUUUAUCUAAUACAAUUGUGGUGGUAAUUAUUCCAAAUCUCUGUUUAUGGCGAUGUAUGGCGAUGUAUGGCGAUGCUCAAACGUGGGAGGUAUAGACCAUGAAAAACUGUAUUGAGCCACCUUAAAUUUGUCUAGAGGAGGAAUUUUAUGUCGUCAGAAACAGCAAAGUUGAAUUGCAAUUAAUUGCAACGACAACUUUUAUGAGAAUUAAUUUCCAUAAUUUUUUUUCGUCUUGGGUUUGUUUGUAUAAAUUGAGGGAUUUAUACAGAUAAAUUCCUAAUUAAUAGUUAUGAAUUCAAUUCACUAUCCCCGCUCUUCCCUGCUGUGUUAUCAAGCCCUCCCCGGACUUUCAGUUUGUUGAAUAUUCAAGAGGGUUGUACGUUAAAUAAAGGUUGUUGAAUAAAAAAGGAAAAGAAAAGGUGUGAAUCAUAAAAGAACAAAUAUAACAUUGCUGUUUUCUUUUUGUUGAACAUGAUAAUUAUAAAAAAAAGAAGACUAGUCAGUGUAAUCAAAUCACGAUGAAUAAUUUUAAAUUCAAUUCCAUGUCAAAAUUCUAAUAGUUUUUAUGCCAUCUAAACACUGUGCUCUUUCGUGUGUUUAAACUUGAGAGUGCGUCUCUUAUUUCGCUGAUAUCUUCAUUCACGACAUCUCAUCUUGACAUCCCUUAACUUGGACGCCAUCUCGGGCACUUAGAUACACAAAACGCUGCCAUAGCUGAAAUGAAUAAACGCUGAAAUUUUGCGCCAAAUUAAAGAGUAACUUCUUCGCUGAGAAAUUACCACGCGCUUGGUUAAUUAAUUAGUUAAUUUAAAAGAUAGAAUGACACACUUCCACCCAUACAAAAGGAAAUGAUACGUUAAACAGUACAGGCACCUGCAUAUCAUUGCAUCGCAGCCAAAUGGCGCUAAGAAAUAUUACUGAAGACGACAGCAAAACACUCGAAGAACUAUCCUGUUCGGCGGAAUUUCUCAGCGGUGUAGAUGGCGAGCUUAUCUUUGUAUCAGCGCUAAAUAUUUUUCUUUCCAUUACUGCAUUUCUGGGGAACACUCUGAUCCUAGUUGCCCUACACAAGGAAACUUCACUUCAUCCGCCGUCCAAACUCCUGUAUCGUAACCUAGCGAUAACUGAUCUCUGUGUUGGUAUCAUUGUGGAGCCUUUGAAAGUAACUUAUUGGACUUCUGUCGUGAAAGAAAGAUGGGAUAUUUGUUAUCUCGCAACUUUGGCAGCAGGUUUCUCAGGUUAUACUUUGUGUUCAGUGUCUUUACUAACAUCUGCUGCAAUAAGUGUGGACAGACUUCUCGCCUUGUUGCUGGGGCUCAGAUACAGACAAGUUGUAACUUUGAGAAGAACAUGUAUAAUUGUUUUUGGUUUUUGGAUUUUGUCCCUCAUUGGUCCAUCUACUUUUGUUUGGAAUCCUCAUAUACUUCUUUGGUGUCAAUACAUAAUUGCAGCUCUGUGUCUAGUCACGACAAUCUUUGCUUACACAAAAGUCUCCUAUACUCUACGUCAUAAUCAAAUACAUGUUCAGAACCAUGUUGUUCAAGGACAACCGAGCCAAGCAAUUCCCGCACUGAACUUAGCUCGAUACAGAAAGGCGGUGCACAGUGCACUGUGGGUGCAGGGAACAUUGAUUAUUUGUUAUCUGCCGUAUGGUAUAGUAGCAGCUUUGCAACUUCAGAGAGGGAUGACUUUAUCCAUUUACCUUGCCUUGAAUUUCACAGUAAGCAUGGUUUACUUAAACUCAUCAUUAAACCCUUUGUUGUACUGUUGGAAGAUCAGAGAAGUGAGGCAAGCUGUAAAAGAAACAUUAAGGCAAAUGUUCCGUUGUUCGAGUUAGUGUACUAUGCUUUUCCGCUGUAUACUAUCAAAAUUCUGGCGAAAAUUGCCGUUUAACUAUUGUAACUACAUUUAAUACAUUUGUGAAGUAUUUUGAACGUGAUUUUCCCAGUUUCGAGGUUAGUCUUGAUUUUGUCCACAUAAUUAGGUGUUUUUUCUGUUUUGACCUUUUGUUUCUACUUGUACUUGAAUUUUUUCUGAGCUCGCCAAUUUGCUUAAUGCCAUGUUAGGAAUACUCUUCGCUUGCCAUUGUCAAAUGUUAGUUUUUCACAAAUGGUAGUGUUUGAGAUGUUAGUGCUGACCUUGGUUCUUAAGUCCCGUUAAAGUUUCUAUUUCGGUUUUUUCACCAGCGUUUUAGCUUUUCAUUAGGUUGUGACGAUCGCAACCAUGUAGGUUCAGUAAUACCAAAACCUUACCCAUACCGAGUUUAACUUGUUUUUAUUCCCACGGUCAGCUAACCCAAACAUGUCCAGCUUUGGCCAUAAAAACCGUUCCCAUUUGAAUUGCUAGAGAAGAAGAUUGAAGUAGGAGACGAUAUAAGAAGAAUAAAGAUCAAGAUGUAAGAAGUAUACUCUCAGUACCUCAUCGAUUAGCGAGUUGAGUUGCUCGAAGGCACCCCACGAUACUUACUGUAGUUCUUUUUAAUCAACUGUUUUUCCGAAAAAAAAAAAAGACGCCCAGUCUUUUAAAAGUUCGGUUUAAAAGCUAUAUGACGUACAAUUACUCUCUUAGCCGUGGAAAUCAUUGUUAAGUCGUAAAAAAUGAAACCGGGUUGGGGAGACAUUAUUAUACCUCGUCAAACAGCAACGAGAAAAGAGCCUCGAUAGCUAUCCCAAUACUAAAUUCACGUGACACGUAGACCACACGAACAAAACCUACAUCAGUUCUUUAUAGGUGGAAGCUCAGAAUAAGUAACAAAAACGAAAACAAAGAUAUUGAAAACGUAUCCACGUUGCAAGCAAAUAUACUCUUGAAUUCUGAACAUUUAGCGUAUGUUAACAUAAAUAACAGUGCUUAUAUUGGCAGGAGCAUCUACUUUGUCCUGUGGUCUCCUCAUAAUUAAGACCUUCGCACGGUUCUGAAUGAUACACGUAUUUGGGGUACAUAAAAUGGCGAGGGUUACUGUAGGCAGUAGGCAUUGAAUAUUUAAUCUUAGUUUGCAUUUUGCACAAAAUAAGGUGUAGAGAAGAUUCGAGCACUAAUUAGAAGGUGUCUGUUUCAGUUUCACCAAAACGUUUACCCACGUGAAAGCAAAUUGAUCCACACGACCACAUAAUAUUUUGCAAAAAAGUUCCACAAUCGCACUAUGUAUAUUAUAUAUUUUACAGCUGGUCUCUUUGCGGAAGGCAGUCAAAGCUGGCAGCGCACGAUUAAUAGCAAUAUGAUGUUGAAAUAGCAGAUAAUAAUUAGUUUCACGACAAUUUCAGAGGUAUAGAUCGUCCAAAUUUACGUUAACUAAACGAGAUGUCAUUAUGAGGUUUUCGUGCGUUUUGCCUCUCAUAACAGACCCCAAAAACUUAAUUCCUUUCCAGCCAUCUGACCACAAGUAAGUUAAUAACACAAAUAUAUUACGUUCUGCUAGGAAGAUAGCGAUGGCUCAAGCUUGUUAACAGCUUGUGUUACUGGAAAGUUUAUGCCACAUUACUGCACAAUGUUUGAAGAAAUACAUCAAGGUUGAACUGCACCGACAACAUUUUAAGACAUGAAAAAUCAUUAAAUUCGGCCGUCUAUGAGCAAGCCUCACCUGGCGCAUUAUAGCAAGCUAGUAUUUCUUAAAAGUAUUAUUUGUCUGAAGACCUGAAAAAUUAUUAAAAUCGUCAGCGAGCUAUAGUUUAAGCUCGUGACACUGAAUUUGGUCUUCUUGGGCCUCAGUUAGGAAAACUUAGCCUGUGCCAGGCUCUCAAAUAGCAGAGACGUCACAAAAAAACAUAACUACGCGAAAACAAAGCAAAACCAAGACCCCCUGGGAAAGUGUGCUCUCUCCCCAGUCCCCGUGUGUUUUGCCAUUCACGACCGCUGUGCAACACUAUCUUGGAGCCUGGAACAGGCUAAGAAAAAGUACACGAUAGCCCACUUUCGAUAUAUUAAAAUUCUAACGUGACUCCGAGACUUUAGGAUCAAAAUUGCAAAUUUUUCACGUCUCUGUUCUCUCACAAUUCCCAUAAGAGACUUGAGCACAUAGAAAACCAAACCAAAAAUAGAAAAAUGACCAGAAAGCCUCAGAAUCUAACAGAGUACAAAGAGAGAGAGAGAGAGAAAAUUUCCGGUUUUCGCAUAUAAAUGGUAAGUACCCCAGGUCCACCAUAUUCAAUAAUUUUAAAUUGCUGAGUGUAUGUUCAAUACAAAUUGUCAUUUGCAUAUUUCUUAACAAAAGUCUUGUAGAAAACUCUAGCAAGGAUUAGAAGGCUUUUGUCAUAAUUAAAUUGAAUCCUUGGAUUCGUACCCCUCCCUGCCUGCUGAAGGCGUUCAGUUAGUGGAGAGUAAAAUUGCUGGGCGUUAAUUAAUCCUGCAUGAGAACAUGAAGAUAUGAGAAAGAAAUAUCAGAAAAAAAUUUGUUGAAUAAAUUGUAACAAAAUAAGUGCCCAGUAAAAUGAAUUAGUUUGCUAAUAAUAAAAUUUAUUCUCAGUUAAAACAGUUAUGUUUAAUUUUAGAACUCUCUAACAUUGUAGGGCAGGGAGGGUUGUGUCAAAAAGAAACAGAGCAUGUAAGGUGUCCGACAUAAGGAGUGUACUAUUGUUCACUGACGCAGCAUAAUUAAGUCUAAUAGGGUCAUUCCUACCUUGCAUUCAAGCCCUCUCUGCAAGUUAUCUGCUUUCCUACAGAAUAGCCAGUAGAAAGAGAAAUACAAAAGUGUAAAAAUGUGAGAAUAAAUUUAUCUCCUGACUCAUGUUGUUCAGGCUGAAUGAAAAUGUCGGUCUGUUUCACUGUACCCAGAAGAUGUUUCAUUUGCCAUCGCCCGACCAACCUAUCUUUUUGGAAAUAGGAAAAAAUGAUGUGAAAAUACCGGUAACUCGUCAGGAGAAUAAGAGUACAUCCUUUCUUGCAAUGCUUUUUAAAGCAGUUACGGUUUAUGAAUUAUUUCUUUCUUAAAACGAGCUUUCCUAAAAGUUUAAACAGAUUCAUCCCGCGAAAAUUUAUGCGGACAUUUUAUAUCUUUCUUUCUUGUUUGCCCUACCGACGGACCCACUUUUUUGUUUGAGACGGAUGGAUGAAUAACAAAACAUUGUUUGGGCGUGGCCUAAAAUACCAAAAAAUCAAUGAAACCAUAAGAACUAUCGCUAUGUUCGACAAGUUACCUGAACUUUGGCAAAGGUUUUCCUUUAAGAGUAUUUACAGCAGACGCUAUAUCCGUGUCUUCAAACUGAUCAACGGCAGACUCUGGCAGCAUUUCUUUACAAGAUGUAUACACGGCCUCCCUAGAAAAAUCAAUCGUGCACACUUCCAUGCCAUCGUCAGUUUUAGAGGUUGUUUCUGAGUGUCUGUUGAGAACUUCUUCUAGGAGAAGAAUCUUCGUCUCGCGUGUUACUAUCUCAUCUUUCCAGUUCGUCGCAGCUCUGUCGAAAGCGAAGCAUACUUUCUUCUGCAUGUUUCGCACGGUGUUAAGAUGGCUCGCGAGGCCUAGCUUGUUAAAACAGUCCAUCUCCUCCUUCUUACAACCUCCAAGCACUAGAAUGGUGUAAAUUCUAAAUGUAAAAUAAGAGUUCGGAAUCCAUGGAUUCAGAAUGCUUGCAAAGAUCACUGCCUCCUUGUUUUUCGCGUUCUUUACUUUUUCGUUCCUUGGAAAUGACGAAGAAACAAGGCAGUGCAAGUUGGGUGCUUUUUGGUUGAUUUCUCUAAUCAAAUGGUCAUUUCGGAAAUCAGCAAGCUUCUCUAACUCCCCUCGGUACUUGUACGUGUUCGUCGGAUCUUUUGAGUAGUUCUUUAGUUCUCUCUUUAUUUCUUUUCCAAUCUCUUCUAACACUUUAUCGUGCAGUGGAGAAAAUUUAGUGACGCCAACUGCGGCGGCUUUGUAGUUUUUGAUUCCUAAGUUUUUUACAAGACGCUCUUCGUCACCUGUACACUCGUGUUCUAUCACCAGACCACUAGCCUGCGAGCAAGCUCUCCUAUUUGGGCGAGUGAAGCGACCCGACAACUGGAAUAUGCAACAAAUAUCUGAAAGAUGAAGAUAAAGACAAAAAUUGAUAAACAAAAAUAAGUAGAACACGUGCGGGCAAUUCUUAGUAAGAGCUUAUGUAUAUAUCGAUAUAGCCUGCGAGCAAGCUCUCCUAUUUGGGUAAGCGAAGUGGGUCUCGCGAGAACGCGCGAGCGAGGAGGCCGACCCCUCGCGGCUUCGCCGCUCGCUCGCCCGUUCUCGCGAGACUCGCCUUACUCGCUCAAAUAGGAGAGCUUGCUCGCAGGCUAAUAUCGAUAAACAGUUGUCAAUAUCAGUUCAAAUUUGUAAAGCUUCUUUUCGUUGAAUAUUUCUUUACCUGUAUCAGAAGCAAAAAAAUGAAAUUAUUGCCUCCAUUGAAAGAAACGCUAAUUUCAAGUACCUGCAGUUAUUAAGCUUAAUUAAGAAUUUAUCUAUCUGGAAAAAGAACCACUUACCUUCACGACUGGCCUGGACGCUGUUUCGUCCUUUGUUGUUGUUACCACUGAACACAUCAAAUUCGCUAAAGCGCCUCCAAGAUUUUCACCCUCAUUCCGAUCGGCUUCGAGCUGAAAUAAAAAUAUCCUUGACCGACCUUUAGGUUCUCUUGGCUCUUGUAUUUGUUGUGGAAUAUCCUUUAUUUUCUUGGAGUUCGGUGUCGAUCCGCUGGGGGAAUUUCCAUGGAGCCUCCACCUUUCGUAGACUCCGAAUUGCCCUCGUCGAUCCAGGCUUUUACAGCACUUUCAAGUUCAUGGAACAUCGUGCAGCAAUUGAAAAUUUUUCUUGCACAUUUUUUGCAAGCUGAUCUGGAUUCUUCGCUCUCUGCACUGCAAAUACCUAUCCCAACGUUUCUGAGUAAGUCCGACAACACGAUACUGCCGGCAGUGGACGAUUUUUUUUCCGUCAACACUCGAUUUCUUGUGGCCUUGCAUAACGGCACAGCCCCAGCUAGUAGAAUUUCAUCACAAAGAUAACAUUUUUUACUUUUUUAGCGAGCGCCAUCUGAACAUCGCCGUGUAAUUUUCUUUUCUCUUCCCGUGAGAGGCAUAGAGGGAUAAUAGGGAGAGGGCAUGAUCUCAGGCUACUUUUCCCUUGUGAGGGCAGACGUUUUUCGCGCCUCGUUGAAACGAGAUUCCCGCCAAUGUACGCAUACCGGCUGACUUCCGGUAAAUGCUGAUUGGCCCAUUAACUUGACAGGUAGAGCUGACGUUCAGGUUUAUUUAAAUUAGAAGGCGGCUGGCGGCAUGUUAAAUAAAUGUAUCAGGCGUUUUUUUUUUCCUCUUGCCUCGUCCGACCUUGAAAAAAAAAAAACGUAACAUGACGGCGUUUGGUUUUCCCUUUACAUAUUUCUAAUUACACACUAUCGUACGCGAUAUUUGUAUGGAUAAAAUGGUUUGCUUUUCCUCCCAUACAACAAAGUGAGACCACCCGGGUGCCAGGGUAAUUAAACAGAAACCCUUGGCGAGAGCAAGUAUAUACAAACUGACUGAUCUGAAUUUAUUAAAGAGGAACUUUAUAGUUUCUAGAGAAGCUGAGGUGUUGAAUCGAUGGGAAAGUAAAACACAAACGUUUGGUUUUAUCAACUAACUAGAUCGCCACCGUAUUAGGAAGUCAGUUGGCCUAGUCUAUCUCCGGCCGUGGCCAUUUUCCUUUACCAACUGGCUCAGUUAACAAGCAAUAUUUUUAUACAAACACCUGCUUUGCUGGGCAAUAAAUGGCGGGAUUAAAGUCUAGAGUUAAGAAAUAUAUUUAAAACUAAACGCAAAAUCUAUGCUUGAACGCUUUCUGAUACCGCUUGUAUUUUUAAGUAUUUAGUUAAGUUGAUGUACUGAGUAUGAUAUGAGGGCCACUCUCCCAGAGAUCUGGCGGAAUAAGGCAACACGAGUUGUUUACUUUCAUGGAAGAAGUGACAUCUUGAAAUAACUUUUAGGCAACAGGGGAAUUUGUUGAGUUUUUCAGGUAACCGGGGAACAUUGAAUCUCUACCUUUAAUUGAAAGAGGAUCCAACAGCAUACUUUUACUAAUCGGGCCCUUAACGAGGCGAAUUUCUCAGUUAGUUGCGACUUGUUUGUGAGUGUACCAAGGCCUCAUUUCAAUAUGUCUGGUGAAGAGUUUCUUUCGCGUGUUAAACUUUAAUUUAUAGUUCAAAUACCAUUGGCUUGACUCGAACACCAUUACGAUUUUACUGUUCCGGAAGCUUUGGAAACUUGGCAAAAUUGACUUUUGAGGACCAUGUGGAAUUACUUUAUGGCCGGAACAGGGGAGAAACUUCAAAUUACUGAAGGGACAGCAAGGGAUGACAUUGAAUUUUAAUGCCAUAAUUAAGACACAUUAAUAAUAACAAUACUUUUUAAUGUUUGUUUCAGUUGUCUUAAUUCAGGCAUCCGUUUUCACUAAAUAAGGAUGAAGUUGAAAUAGUGGAUACGUAGCUAAAACUCAGUUUCAAGAGAAAAGACAAAGUACGUCAUGAGCUUUUCGCGCGCUUUGCUUCUUAUAACAAACCCAAAAGUUAUAAAACCGACCUUGCUGCGAACAUAUUUACAUUUUUUCCAGACAUUGAGGCUGACCUCAAGCUUGGUCAAUUAUGCUUAUACAUGUAUAAACGGUGAUGGCUCAAGCUUGUAAACUUAACAGCAUGUGUUAUUGAAAUUUUCUGUCAAAUUGAAUUAGGGUAUAAUAUAAGCUCUCAUAGGUAAAGCUUACAAUGCACCGACAACACCUGAAAAAUCAUUGAAUCGUCCGUCGAGUUAGUUUUACCUGGCUCAUCAUCAUAUGUUGAAAAACUACAAAACUCAGUGCUAAACCCCUAUCCGCUUUCCUCUCUGUCUGCCGGCCCGACGAAGACGAGCCCAUAUUGUUUUCUUUGACGUCAGCUUUAACGAACAACUGACAAAACUCGCAGAUGGGCUUUAAGUUAUUAGUGAAAGACUUGAAAGACCCACGAGUCAUAUCAGUUUCCACCCAAAUUAACUGAAAGCGAAAUAUAAACAAAGCAAUCACUUGGAUCUCUAAAUGCAUUGCUGACAAAAAUGGUACCAGGGACAAACGUCACUGAAGAUGAAAACCAGAAAACGUACGAAGAACUGGUCUGCUCGGCGGAAUUUAUCAGAAGUGUAGACGGCGAGCUUAUUUUUCUUUCAGCUCUUAAUAUUUUUCUUUCCAUUACUGCAUUUCUGGGGAACACUCUGAUCCUAGUUGCUCUGCACAAGGAAACUUCACUUCAUCCGCCGUCCAAACUCCUGUAUCGUAACCUAGCGAUAACUGAUCUAUGUGUUGCUAUCAUUACAGAGCCUUUGGCUGUGACUUAUUUUACUUCUGUUGUGAAAGAAAGAUGGGAUAUAUGCUAUUACGCAAAUUUGGCAGCACUUUUCUCAGGUUAUACUUUGUGUGGAGUGUCUUUAACAACUUCGACUGCAAUAAGUGUGGACAGACUUCUCGCCUUGUUGCUGGGGCUCAGAUACAGACAAGUUGUAACUUUGAGAAGAACAUGUAUAAUUGUUUUUGGUUUUUGGAUUUUUUCCAUCGUUGGUUCAUCUUCUAUAUUUUGGAAUCCUCAUAUACUUCUUUGGUAUCAAUACAUAGGUGCUUUGUGUCUAGUCACCACAAUCUUCGCUUACACAAAAAUUUCCUAUACUCUGCGUCAUAAUCAAAUACAUGUUCAGAACCAUGUUGCUCAAGGACAACCGAGCCAAGCAAUUCCCGCACUGAACAUAGCUCGAUACAGAAAGGCAGUGUACAGUGCACUGUGGGUGCAGGGAACAUUGGUUAUUUGUUAUCUUCCAUAUAAUAUAGCAGUGCGUUUGACACCUCAGAGAGGGAUGUCUUUAUUCGUUUACCUUGCACGGCAAUUUACGGCUACCUUAGGGUAUUUAAACUCAUCAUUAAACCCGUUGUUGUACUGCUGGAAGAUCAGAGACGUGAGGCAAGCUGUAAAAGAAACAUUAAGGCAAAUGUUCCGUUGUUCGAGUUAG